AUGACCGGCCCGCUCGACCUAACAGCUCCUGACCUCUCUGACCUCUCUGACCUCUCUGACCUCUCUGACCUCUCUGACCUCUCUGACCUCUUCGAUCGUUAUCCCGACAUCAAAUUUGAUGCAGCAGAGGCAUUCAUAUCCGCAUACGAAAUCAACGAACACAUCUCUUCGCCGUGCUCAAGUGCCACAAACUACCAAGAGACGCCGACUUCGAAGAAUGCAAACUCUACGGCUCAUACCACUCCACUUCGGCCAAGCCCUGGUUGCGGUGAAGAGUCAGUUCUACCAGCCUUGGAGCUGUUUCUCGAAGGAAUUCAGAAUGCCGAGCUUCCACUAAGUUCCAAAGAGGGAUUUGAGAACCUGGCAAGAGAAAUGACGAUGCUCGGAUCGCUGUUGUUUCCUGGGAAUGGCAAUUACUGCGAGGGCUACGUCGCCUCGAACCAGCCAGAGAUAUUAAGCAGGAUUAGGUCAGUUUUGACGCAGGUUCGACGAGCCAAUAACAAGGUGUCCGACGAGAUCGACAACAUUGGAUUUGUCAAAGCCCGUGCACCAUUCAGCAUUGUACCCGAGAGGCAAGAUCUGUGGUGCAAUUAUCGACAAAGAGCAAAGCUGAUCGCGCAGUGA